CGGCGCUGCCCGCCAGGGGGCGACGCCACGCGGGGUCCGCAGCCGGCGACCCGCAGGGAAGAGGAGGCACGGACCGUAGGGGAGCCAGCCGGGCACCCACGGAACUCCUCCGGCCCCGAGAAUCUCCCGAGUCCACCUUCCGAGGAGUUCGGAAACGAGAGUCCCGCGUUUGCUAUGUUGCCCUUUGGAGACAAAACGAGAGAAAUGGUCAACGCAUGGUUUUCAGAGAGAGUUCACACCAUCCCUGUAUGCAAGGAAGGCGUCCGAGCCCACACGGAGUCUUGCUCCUGCUCUUUGCAGCAGAGCCCUCAUGCAGAUAGCGCCACCUCUGGAGCGCCAGCCAGAAAAAUCUCUGCCUCUGAAUUUGACCGGCCUCUUAGACCCAUCGUUGUCAAGGAUUCCGAGGGAGCUGUGAGCUUUCUCUCUGACUCAGGAAAAAAGGAACAGAUGCCACUAACCCCACCAAGAUUUGAUAGUGACGAAGGGGACCAGUGCUCAAGACUCUUGGAAUUAGUAAAAGACAUUUCCAGUCACUUGGAUGUCACGGCCUUAUGUCACAAAAUCUUCUUGCACAUCCACGGACUCAUCUCCGCCGACCGCUAUUCCCUAUUCCUUGUUUGUGAGGACAGCUCCAAAGAUAAAUUUCUUAUCAGCCGCCUCUUUGAUGUCGCCGAAGGUUCGACACUGGAGGAAGCUUCCAAUAACUGUAUCCGCUUGGAGUGGAACAAAGGCAUUGUGGGGCAUGUGGCAGCUUUUGGUGAGCCCUUGAAUAUCAAAGAUGCCUAUGAGGAUCCUCGGUUCAAUGCUGAAGUUGACCAAAUUACAGGCUACAGGACACAAAGUAUCCUUUGUAUGCCAAUUAAGAACCACAGAGAAGAGGUGGUCGGUGUCGCUCAGGCCAUCAACAAGAAAUCAGGAAAUGGUGGGACGUUCACCGAGAAGGAUGAGAAGGACUUCGCUGCCUAUUUGGCAUUUUGCGGUAUUGUUCUUCACAAUGCUCAACUCUACGAGACGUCACUGCUGGAGAACAAAAGGAACCAGGUAUUGCUUGACCUUGCUAGCUUAAUUUUUGAAGAGCAGCAGUCAUUAGAAGUGAUUCUGAAGAAGAUAGCUGCCACCAUUAUCUCCUUCAUGCAGGUGCAGAAGUGCACCAUAUUCAUCGUGGAUGAAGACUGCUCUGACUCUUUCUCUAGCGUGUUCCACAUGGAGUGUGAGGAGUUAGGAAAAUCGUCUGAUGCUUUAACAAGGGAACAUGAUGCAAGCAAAAUCAAUUACAUGUAUGCUCAGUAUGUCAAGAACACGAUGGAGCCGCUUAAUAUACCAGAUGUCGCUAAGGACACGAGAUUUCCCUGGACAAAUGAAGAUACAGGGCGUACAAACACACACUGCACUGGAAGUUUGCUUUGCACGCCUAUAAAAAACGGGAAGAAGAACAAAGUCAUAGGAGUUUGCCAACUGGUUAAUAAGAUGGAGGAGAACACCGGCAAGAUUAAACCUUUCAACCAAAAUGACGAGCAGUUCCUGGAAGCCUUUGUUAUCUUCUGUGGCCUGGGGAUCCAGAACACGCAGAUGUAUGAAGCAGUGGAGAGAGCCAUGGCCAAGCAAAUGGUGACAUUAGAGGUCCUGUCCUACCACGCAUCAGCGGCAGAGGAAGAAACAAGAGAGCUCCAGGCUUUAGCGGCUGCUGUGGUACCGUCUGCCCAAACCCUUAAGAUUACUGACUUCGGCUUCAGCGACUUUGAGCUGUCUGAUGUGGAAACGGCGCUGUGUACAAUUCGGAUGUUCACUGACCUCAACCUUGUGCAGAACUUCCAGAUGAAGCAUGAGGUUCUUUGCAGAUGGAUUUUAAGUGUUAAGAAGAAUUAUCGGAAGAACGUCGCCUAUCACAAUUGGAGACACGCCUUCAACACAGCACAGUGCAUGUUCGCUGCUCUGAAAGCAGGCAAGAUUCAGAACAAGUUGACGGAUCUAGAGACACUUGCUUUGCUGAUUGCUGCUUUAAGCCAUGAUUUGGACCAUCGUGGUGUGAACAACUCGUAUAUACAGCGAAGCGAACACCCGCUGGCCCAGCUGUACUGCCACUCCAUCAUGGAACACCAUCAUUUUGAUCAGUGCCUGAUGAUUCUAAAUAGCCCCGGCAACCAGAUUCUCAGCGGCCUCUCCAUUGAAGAAUAUAAGACCACAUUGAAAAUGAUCAAGCAAGCAAUUUUAGCUACAGACCUAGCACUGUACAUUAAGAGACGAGGAGAAUUUUUUGAACUCAUAAGAAAAAAUCAAUUCAGUUUUGAAGAUCCUCUUCAAAAGGAGUUAUUUCUGGCAAUGCUGAUGACUGCCUGCGAUCUCUCUGCGAUUACGAAGCCCUGGCCGAUUCAACAACGGAUAGCGGAACUCGUGGCAGCUGAAUUCUUCGAUCAAGGGGACAGAGAGAGAAAAGAACUCAACAUCGAGCCCGCUGAUCUAAUGAACAGAGAGAAGAAAAAUAAAAUCCCAAGUAUGCAAGUUGGGUUCAUAGAUGCCAUCUGCUUGCAGCUGUAUGAGGCCCUGACCCACGUUUCAGAGGACUGUUUGCCCCUGCUGGACGGCUGCAGGAAAAACAGACAGAAGUGGCAGGCCCUUGCAGAACAGCAGGAGAAGAUGCUCAUUAACGGGGAGAGCAGCCAGGCCAAGCGAGACUGACGGUGCAGUCCCCAUGUGCCAACUGCCGCAGGCCUGGUUGCUCCAUACACCAUACGUACUUGUGUGCGCUUUGCCACUGCUGUAUUUUGUUUAUGCACAACUUUUGAGAGCAUAGCAUGAAGUGUCUUAGAGAUUGCUACCUACUUUCUCUACUUUGGUUUUCUGCCACUGAAGCGAAAUGGUUAGUCGUCUUCACGUUGAACACAUUGAUAGGAAUGGUGUAAAUGGCAUUCCUACACUCAGUGUGGUUUUGCUUGGGAAUUAUAAAUAACUGUCUUUGUGUUUCUGAGUCACCAGUCUUUCAAACAUGUUAGAAAUCUUUCUCAAAAAGUAGGUUAGAGACAAAUUGACUAUGUUCUGGGUUUUUUUGGUUUUUUUUUUCAAGACAGGGUUUCUCUGUGACUUCAGAGCCUGUCCUGGAACUAGCUCUUGUAGACCAGGCUGGUCUCGAACUCACAGAGAUCCGCCUGCCUCUGCCUCCUGAGUGCUGGGAUUAAAGGCGUGCGUCACCACCGCCCGUUGACUAUGCUCUGGGACAUUUAAAGCGAUCAUGAGAUGAAUGUUGACCAAGUGGAUUUUAGGGGAGAAAUGAAUAUAAACGUGAAGGGUCUUAACAAAGUUAAGGUGUUGAGAAACAAGAAAAUGUGGUAUCUAAUUGCUCUGCUCUUUCUGUGAUGGGAACAGCUUACCUUGCAUGUCGCCUGUGUGGCAGAGCAAAAAACACUAGAGCCAAUCCACGCAGUAGCCCUUCAGCACACAAUCUCAGAACCCUACCUAAAGCCCAGGGCCAGAUGAUUCCACCCACUGACCUUCCCACGAGAGAGUGUGUGCCAGACGUGGGAGGGCCCGGAAGAGCCUUAAGCCAAGAGAAAUGUUUCACUGGAAGAUCUUUCUGACAAUCCGCAUUUUAAAUACUGAAAACUUCAAAAACUAAUUUCUUUUUAACUUUUCAUCUCCUUAAUCCAGCAAUUAAGUUUCAACAGAAAAGUGGUCACAGGACCUCUUGCCUGAAGUUAGACAUGACCACAUGUAUGAAAGUGAAAAUUAGCCUUUGUUCCUCUGUCAAAUCUACAGGAAAAGAAAAUAAUUAUACGAGUUGCGACAGAGGUUUGUCUCUAAAAGGGAGCUCAGACAAUGAGUUCAAAGGGACAGUGUGAGAUCUUCGUGUUGGAAUAAAAGCAGCCUUCGGUAUCGGGAGCAGAUAGUGAAUCAAAUCGAGCAGCUCAAGUAGGGAGGAGUAUCUGUUCCAAAUGUGCAGAAAUGUUUGAGUUUGAGGAGAAAUUGAAGGAUUUGAUUUAUUAACUUCCAUCCUUUUCCCACCUCCUCCCAAACUGGGUGAAAUAUUUGAUCUGGGUUUCUAACAUUAAUUUGGAUUGAAAUGGUUUCUUUUUCCUUUUCUCUUUGCUUAAAACGCAACAUGUUCAUUUUGGAUCCUGUGUAUGUACAUUUUAUUGUGGCCUUGCUCUUACUCAGAUACGAGAAGGCAAAGUGAGUUAUGUUUUGUAUGGGUGAAGGCCAACCCAGGCAGUUGUUGCCCGAUGCCAGUUGUAUUAUUGUUGUGAUACUUGUAUUUUCAGAAUAUCAUUUUGUUUGCUUUUCAUAUCACGUAGAUGAGAUUUGUAAGGUUGCCUCUAAUGCACUGGUGUGUAAAUUACAUAAACCAUCACCAACAAUAGUCAUAUCAGCACACUGUAUAUACAUGUAUGCAUGCAUCCAUAACUCCUGAGUGCAGACUCAGGCUUAGAGGACAUUCUCUCAGCCUAGCACUGAACCCCACACGUUGUGACCGAGUAGUUAUGCCGAAAUGCGGGCAUACACAUUUGGAGUGCCAACCACUGAGAACAUCUUUAAAGGCGACAUUAUGUGUGGAGGAUUUGUCUGUGGUGUUAACAAGCAAGAAGUCCGAGAAGAAAUCGUUUAGCUCGCUUUAGGCAAUGGUUUAUUUUACCUACGAGUAUAGGCAUUAAAACAGGAAGAGCAGUGCCAUGCCUAUGCUAUGUCAUUGCUGGAUAGUUUAGUUCCUACUGAAGAGAGUACUAUUUUAUUCAAAUAGUUUUUAUUUUAUAGGAAAACCAUUCCAUACAUGGAAUUUCUGUCUGUGGUACAAAAACACAAAUCAUAGCUUUCAUUCUGAAUGUGAAUAUUUCCUUUCUAGUAUCCUCUCAAGUUGGAUUAUAUUUAUUAUAUUAUAUUAUUAUAAUCUCUCCCUUAUGCUGCCAUGUAUUGAUAUUGCCCAUAAUGAACAAGACAUCAUUGUUGUCCUAGACUGUCUGGUUAAUUGCUUGGCUGGCUGUAGUGAGAUAACAUGAUAACGUUUAAUUUUAAUUUUUUAGCCAGAAAAAGAAUCUGUGUUUUGGUAACUUGUCUAGAAAGCUUUCUGAUCUUCGAUGGUUAGAAGACUGGCCUUUGCCGGUCUUGAUACUAUGUGUAUAAAUCAAUUAGCCUCUGCACCUAAGGGAGCUGUGUUCCUAAUGUAGUCAGGUUUGGACAAAGCCUAUGUUCCAGGGAAAUGUCACAGGAGGCAGCUAGCUCCUAAGCCUUCCUUCUGGGCCUCUGAGACCACUGUCGGAAACGGGGUAUGGAAAUAGAGACGUGACCUCAUCCCGCAGGUCACUUCUCAUGCCGAGUUCCUCAGAUGGAAAGCAAGUACAUUUAAUCCGCUCCACACAGACCUGGCUCAGAGCGUACCCCGAGGAUGCUGCUUCAUCACUGGUGGAUUAAUUGCGAAGAAGAGUUUCUGUUAGCAGCCACCUGGAGACAAGGAAGAAGUUGAAAAUGUACUAGUAGUAUUGCUUUCUUGGAGGAACUGGAAUCCCAGACGAUUUUUGCCUACCAGUAAAGUGCCUUUACUCCCAGAAUGUUGCGGAUGCAUGAGGCUUGGCACCUAUUACAUUUCCAAAUGUCCUGUGUUUUUCUCUAGAUUACACUGCUUAUCCAUAGCAUGUAAGCAGCGAGGCCUUUUCUUUACCCGAUUUAAGAUGAGAAAAGAUAAAGUGGUCCCUUGCUCUCCUGUAAACAGCAGUUUCAAAUAAGGUGGCAGAACUUAUUUACUCUGCAUCAACCGUGAAUCAUCCCACCUUUUACUAAACCCUCUCCGUAUGUUAGGUACCACACUCAGCGGCCGAGACAGAGCAGUAACUCCACGGAGCUCACGGGCUGUGCAGAAAGUGACUAGGAGCAUCGUCUCUCAUUCCGCCACCUUCACAUGCAAACGUAGAGGGCACCCCUUCACUCUCCUCCUCACCUGUAACACACACUAUGCACUUUUAUCCAAAUUUCUUAGUAUGUCUGUGAACAGCCUGUCUUCCUGUCAGCACGGAUCUGCUCACUUGCUGACAGCUUGAAGAACGCCUUGUGUAAGACGCCCUAUCUUCCAUGAUGUAGACCGUGUUUCCAUAUUUCCGUCAGGGAGAGAGAGGUCAGAGUUCUCAUGGACCCCUUCUGCCCUCUCACGGAGAACAAAGAAGGAAGUAUUAACGCUUACCUCACCCCUCCUCAUUCUUACCAACAAGCCUGUGUAGACAUGUCUUGAAUGUUAUUGAAACGGAUGUAAAUAGCUGAAAAUAGAAAUUUCUAUUGCUGGUUAAGAACCCCAAUGAACCAUCCCAUGCCACUGUUGAUGUCUAUUUGUAUUCUUACGCCUUUUCAAUAUAUCUGAACAAAUAUAUAGUUUCGGGCACUAUUUUUAUACUAGUAUAAAAGAGUUACUAUGUAAAUUAUGUCCUGUUGUGAAGUCAUUUAAAUGAUUGACAGGUUGGUUUUCCUUUCCUCUCACCACACCGAAAACCAUUUCUUCUGGGAGAGGGUGGGUCACCCUCCAGAAGCACCUGCUCGCCCACCCCUCACCCCCCAUCCCUGUGACGUCAGACAUGGUCAAGGUGGUUUUCACUGUGCAAAGUCAUCACACGUCAGGUGUUUCCUCAUUUUGCAGUGUUGUAAAAAUAAAAUGAAUGAACAAGA